AUGCAUCAACUCAAUCUCCUACUCGCCGCUCUUCUCUCCACGGCAGCCCUAUCCUCCGCAGCAGCGAUCCCUCAAUCCCUAAUCUCAGCACCAAACUUGCCAAUUCAAACAACCCACAAUGACAACACAACUCAGCUGCCUUACGGGGUAGUCAUUGACCACUGCACCGUCCCAAGCACAAUCGCAAUUGCCUUCGACGAUGGACCCUACAUCUACACAGAACAAGUCCUCGAUAUCCUCGCCAACGCCAGCAUCCACGCAACAUUCUUCUUCAACGGUGACUGGAAAGGCAAUAUCUACGAGCUAUCGCAUAUAGUCAAGCGGACACUCGCGGAGGGACAUCAGAUAGGUUCUCACUCAUGGAACCACCUAAACCUAACAACCCUCCCCUACAACGACAUCCUCACCCAAAUGUUCACCCUCGAAUCCGCCUUCCACCACAUCCUUGGCUUCACACCUACAUACACCCGCACACCCUGGCUGCACGUCAACGAGCUGGUGCUCUCCGCACUGAGAGAUUUACGGUACCACGUUAUCGGAGCGAGUAUCGUGACGGAUGACAAGACGAAUGAUCAUCCGAGUAGGAGUUGGCGCAGCUUUGAGUUGUUUAGGGAGGGGUUGGAGGGUGGUGGGAGUAUUGUGCUUGCGCAUGAUUCGCAGGAGAAUACGGCGAUGAGGUUGGUGGAGGAUAUGAUUGGGGAGGUUGGGAGGAGGGGGUUGAAGGCUGUUCCUGUUGGUGAGUGUUUGGGACAUCCGGAGGAGUUUUGGUAUAGAUCGGUGUAG